AUGCCUGGCUAAUUUGUGUGUAUGUGUGUUUUGUAGAGACAAGGUCUCACUAUAUUGCCCAGGCUGGUCUGGAACUCCUGGGCUCAAGCAAUCCUGCCUCCUCAGCCUCCAAACAUGCUGGGAUUACAGGCAUGAGCCAGUGCACCUGACCAUCAUUCAGCAAAUAUUUUUGAGUGUCUCCUAUGCUAGGCAAUGGAAGGGAUAAAGAUUGUGCAUGCAUGCAUGUUGUGUGUGUGUGUGUGUGUACGUGCCCAUAAAUAGUCUUUGGCUUUCUGUCUAGUAAGGUAGGUAAGACAAUACAGUGAUAAAUGCCUUGUGGGUUGUAGGCCGAGUGCUGUAGAAGCUCAGAGGAGGGAAAGGUCAAUUCCUGCUGGGUGGGCUAUGAGUAUGUGGCAAGGUGAUACGUUAGAGAAUGGAAGACCAGGAGUUUGUCAAGUUAAGUAAUUAAGGCAACAUUAAGAAGUAGUGAGUUGGUGUCCAGUGCUAGAGCAAGGAGUUUCAGCUUUAGUUAGGAUGCAAAGGGGAGCCACUGACUUUUUUUUUUCUGUUUGAUCAAAAAGUCUUAUCUGGGAAAAUGUAUCUGGCAGUAAUGUGUAAUUUCAAUUUAAAAAAAAAUUGGUUCUUGGAUAGUCUUUUAGGCUCCUUUUGUAUGAAACAAAGCCAUGUUUAUAAAUAAGUGAAUUAUGAAAUGGAUUCAUUUCCAAUCUUUUUAAAAGGUAGUCAGAAACUAUUUUCAGAUGCAAUUAGAUACAGUAAGAUAGGCUACGUAGUUAAGAUAUAAGCAGUUUACAAAGUGGGAUAAAAAUGCUACUUUUCAUAAUUUCUCAAACCAUUUUUAGGGGUAUUUUUAUGUCAGCCAUCCUGCUAUCUCAUUUGUCCAAUUAAAACAAGGAAGAAAUCCUCCAUUCUCCUUUUUUCCCCAUUCUUGGAUAGAAUGAAUGUCUGUAGUGAAAAGAACUCGUCAGUAGUCCUCUCAGAUUUGUUCUGAAUUUCACCAAGUAUUUGUAUAAUUCUGCAAAAAACGUUUGUUUCUCAGCCUUCUCCUUUAGGGAGAAAACAAAUAGUGGGCGUGAUGGCCUACCUCCCUGCAUUGUGGUGAGGGUCAGCUGAUACAAGAUAAAGUGUUAAGUGUAAUUACCCUGAAAUGUUUGUAAUUAAUGGAGAAAUGAAGUGUAGACACUUUGUUAGUAGAAACCACUGUGGUUUGGAAAUGCAGUGUUUCAAUAAUAAAGACUGGAUAAAUAAGGUCGUGGUUUGGAAAUAAAGUAUUUCAAUAAUAAAGACUGGAUAAAUAAGGUCGUGGUUUGGAAAUGCAGUGUUUCAAAAUAAAGACUGGAUAAAUAAGGUCGUGGUUUGGAAAUGCAGUGUUUCAAUAAUAAAGACUGGAUAAAUAAGGUAGUGGUUUGGAAAUGCAGUGUUUCAAUAAUAAAGACUGGAUAAAUAAGGUCGUGGUUGGAAAUGCAGUGUUUCAAUAAUAAAGACUGGAUAAAUAAGGUCAUGGUUUGGAGAUGCAGUGUUUCAAUAAUAAAGACUGGAUAAAUAAGGUUGUGGUUUGGAGAUGCAGUGUUUCAAUAAUAAAGACUGGAUAAAUAAGGUCGUGGUUUGGAGAUGCAGUGUUUCAAUAAUAAAGACUGGAUAAUUAAGGUCGUGGUUUGGAGAUGCAGUGUUUCAAUAAUAAAGACUGGAUAAUUAAGGUCGUGGUUUGGAGAUGCAGUGUUUCAAUAAUAAAGACUGGAUAAAUAAGGUCGUGGUUUGGAGAUGCAGUGUUUCAAUAAUAAAGACUGGAUAAAUAAGGUCGUGGUUUGGAAAUGCAGUGUUUCAAUAAUAAAGACUGGAUAAAUAAGGUUGGCUACUAGUGUUUUCCAUUCCUCAGGGAAUUUACAACACAAGAUGAUCCCCACCUCUCACUAUUAAGGAAGUAGCAUUUCCUACAAAUUUACCUCAUGAUUAAUUGUGUUUUUUUACAACACGACAAGAAAAGACAUGUUUUUCAGGAAGUUGGAAAUGCGAAUCCUGGAUUAGUUACUAACUUGCCGUGACAUCAGACAAAUCAGGUGAUCCUUUUUGUCCCUCAUUUUCUGACUAGAUUGCCUAAAGCUUCCCUAGCCGAAAGAAACUACCUGCCACGUCAAUGACACUCAACUGUGGGUGACUCAGGGACAUAUAACCUAAAGCUACUGGGUAAAAUAUUUUAAGAACGAGACUUGGGAAGCUGAACAGGAUAUUGAUUUGCCGUCUUCUUCCCCCAUUGUAUUGACCAGGCAAGUCCACGCCUGAGUUCAGAGUUGCAGUGGGCAGGAGAGAUGUGUGUGUCCAGGAAGAAAUCGUGGCUUCUGCUCGGAAGAUCUGGUCACAUCUCAGGUAACAGUAUGACUAAAUAUACUGAGAAGCUCGAAGAGAUUAAGAAAAAUUAUAGAUACAAAAAAGAUGAGCUUUUCAAGAGACUAAAAGUUACAACUUUUGCCCAGCUGAUCAUCCAAGUUGCUUCCCUCUCUGAUCAAACACUGGAAGUGACAGCUGAGGAGAUUCAAAGGCUGGAAGACAAUGAUUCUGCAGCUUCAGACCCUGAUGCUGAAACCACUGCCAGGACUAAUGGGAAAGGAAAUCCAGGUGAGCAGUCGCCGAGCCCUGAGCAGCUCAUAAACAACGCAGGAGCAGGGGACUCCAGCCGCUCAACCCUUCAGAGUGUCAUCAGUGGUGUUGGGGAACUGGAUCUAGACAAAGGGCCAGUGAAGAAAGCAGAGCCCAAUACCAAAGACAAACCUUAUCCUGACUGCCCCUUCCUGCUGCUAGAUGUGCGUGACAGAGAUUCUUACCAGCAGUGCCACAUUGUUGGAGCUUACAGUUACCCAAUUGCAACUCUGUCUAGAACAAUGAACCCUUAUUCAAAUGAUAUUCUUGAAUAUAAAAAUGCCCAUGGCAAGAUCAUCAUUCUGUAUGACGACGAUGAAAGGCUGGCCAGUCAGGCGGCCACCACCAUGUGCGAGCGUGGAUUUGAAAACCUCUUCAUGCUUUCCGGAGGUCUAAAAGUCUUAGCUCAGAAAUUCCCGGAAGGACUGAUUACUGGUUCCCUGCCAGCAUCUUGCCAGCAGGCCCUUCCUCCUGGUUCUGCCCGGAAACGAUCCAGCCCCAAAGUGCCACCCCUACCAGCUGAGAACAAAUGGAGAUUUACCCCAGAAGACUUAAAAAAGAUAGAAUAUUAUCUGGAAGAGGAGCAAGGGCCUGCAGAUCAUCCUAGCCGACUGAACCAAGCUAACUCCUCUGGAAGAGACUCCAAGGUGCCUGGUGCCCGAAGCACUCAGAAUCUGCCUGGCGGGGGCCCUGCCAGCCAUUCAAACCCCCGCUCCCUCAGCAGUGGCCACCUGCAAGGCAAACCCUGGAAGUAAAGACUUUGUCUCUGCCUAAGUAAAAACUUAGGCAAAUAAAUGUUUUUCCUCUUUUCGGAACCCCUGAGCAUUUCCCAAGUUGGGUCAUUUCCAGAAACUUCUGCAGAGGAAAAGACCAUGACAUACGUAUGGGAUAGGCCCUCUUCCCUCUCCCUAUCUCCAGUUCCUCUCCCCUCGGGAGGCCACCUCGGGAAGAAUUUUGACAGGUGACCACAAAAACCAGAGGCGUGACAGGCUCUAGUGUCCUCCCUGUUGUUUACAGCAUAUUUAAGUCUUGUGAAACUGUAGAGGAAAAAAGGAUCUAAGUUUUUAGUUUUUUGUUUUUUGUUUUUUGUUUUUAAAUAAGGUUCAGCUUGUUGGGUAUCUCUUCAUUGUUUUGUAAAUACUUCAGUCACAUCCGCCCGUGUGCCCCUCCUGACCACCUUUUCGUUCACUGUUCUUGACUUCAUGAAGGCUUCUCUUUGCAGUCUUGAUGUGAGAAGCUGUUUCCAGGGGUGCAGAUGAGCCUUAGGUUCCAGCCGCCUGCAGGCCCCACCCCCACGGACUCACUCGGCAAGGAGCUCUCUGCCCAGCAUACUGCAGGCCCUAUUUUGAGUAUGAAAGCCAGUGCCUGUGUGCAUCGCUCAAAUUGAAGAUGGGGAGAGUAGCUGUACACUCACUGAAUACUCCCCCUUAUUAGAUACUUUCCUGGAGCCAGAAAGGUGUGCAUGUGGGCGUCUUCACACCGGGGAGGAGGGCCUCUCAUGGGAAAGCCCUGGCCACCACACCCUUGAAGCCCACCAAAGCGGCCCUCACUUGUGGUCAGUAUAUCAGUUUUAAUGCCCAUUGCCCAGCUUCAGUCCAUCCAUGUUAGAUGGAUAGAAAUUAUGGCCACUUGAAAAUACCAGCUUUGGUUGGACAACUGUGGACGCACAAGGUGAAGAGAACUCCAAAGUCCUUUCUCAGGGCUGACAGCCUCGUAAGCCCUUGCUUAGAAAUACAGUAUUAGUUUAAUUGAGUAAUUAGUGCAAUUUCCUGCUUACUUUUCAUUCUCAUGACUGAACUGUGAUUAGGAAGUUGUGAUUAUAGAUUCUGGUUUUGGCCGGAAUUUUGAAUCAGCAUUAAUUGAAUUGCUAAAUGACUGACAUUCAUUCCAUUUAAUUGGGGGAACAAAAGGCCUCAGGUAAGGAUGAGAAACUCUGAAAUCAGAUGGAAAAGAGCCGUGUUAAUUUUUAUGGUCUGUGAUCGUAGCUGUGAUAAGGGACUGAGGAAUAAAUUGUGCUCUUUGUCAUGGCAACCAGCUUCUGAAAAGCCAGCUGAAAAUUGCCUGUCCUGCUGGUAACUGCUACAGGGUAAGAUUUGCCUUAACAGUACUAUUUUCUCGCCACGAAAAAAAAAAAAGAAAUGCACCACAGUAUUUCCAGCAUGGGGGCUGUGUUUGUAUGAGAAAUAAACGUAAUAAAUAUCUCAUAAAGACAUAUGGAAAAAUAACUUUCAGAUUCAACCCAGUUCUGUUUUAGAGAGUGUUUAUUCUUCUCUACUUGAUUUCCAAAGUGCAACAUUUUCCGAUGCUUUAGAAAUCAAACAAACCAGGAACAUUGUUCAGAUGUCAAGCCGUGCCCAAUUUUCCACAAGAUUCAAGAAUCUUGUAUAAAAUUCAGCCAACGUACACAUAGCUUUAAUGAGGAGUCUGUCAUGUUUCCCCAUAAAUUUAUUGCCUGAGAACUUAGUUCAGGCUUUGCUAAUGCCAAAAUGCUCUGGCUUUGUAUUUUCUUUACAGCGUAGAUAGAAAAAUGCACAUUUUUCCACAUUCAACUUUCCCCUAGCAUGGACAAGAUUUUCAGCCAUUUUUGCCACAUAUACAUUUUAAGGAAAAAAUAUUUUUCUCUGUAACAAAGUUCUGGUUAUGCCGUUUUAAAGGUGACUUGUCAGGAGUUGAGACUUCCCUGCCGCAUUCUGUUUUGAAAGUAAAUGGUCUCCCUCCUUGUUCCGAUUCUGCAUUCCCAUCGUCAACUUUGGAGUGUUGGAAACCACUGUAUAUAUGUGGAAAGCCAGGUCAGCCAGACCUAUUAGAACUGGUGUGCACUCACCUGAGAGAUCUGGCGGGUUGAAUAUAUUUGUGUGUAUUUCUCCAUAGUGCUUGCUUUGCCCUGUUGGUAAGGAUUUUAAAUAACCAUGCUGAAAAGAGCUGUUCUAAUUCUGCACUUUGCAUGUUAAAUGUUCAUAUCAAACAUUCUUUAUGUGCUCGAGGUAUUGCUUUUUACAUUGCUUUACCAGUUUCUUCAUUAGAUUAAUUGACAUGUAUUAUUUAAAUGACCAGUGAUGCUUUGUGCAAUUAUGAAUGUUGAAGAUUAAAGUACAUAGUUACUAAUUUGUCGUUUGCUAUGAAUACGCUGAAAACUGCCAACUUCUCUCUUCUUUUCUGUCGAGAUGAUUUGGGGAGCCACAGGAGACUGGUGUGAUUUUUGCUGCAUCUCCUAGAAAAGCAUUUUUUUUUUUUUUUUAAAUAAAUGAAUCAGGAAAUCAGUCCAAUUAGGGCAGGGGGCCUCAGCUCUCCAGUCAGAAAGCCUGGAUUUCUUUUCCUGCUCAGGCUGGGAUUGAAGCCACCUUCAACAACUAGAUCAUGGCUUCCUGCCAGCGUCUCAGGGGUUGACUAGCUGCCCUUGUCUGGGGCUUAUGAACCCUGAGACGGAAGGUGCUUCAUCCGUGCACAGCUACAGCGCCACCUGAACAACAGUGAUUGCCAAAGUUUAAAUAAUACCUUAAAUGCUUUAAAGGGGUUUGUAUUUAAGGAAGGGAGAAAAGAAGGAAAGAAGCAAGGAAAUAGGAAGAAGGGAGGGCACAGAGAAAAAGAGAGGCAGAAAGUGAGGGAGAAAAGAGAAAGCUACAUUACUUAUUUGAAAACAAAAGGAACACCCUGGGCUCUAAUAAUGUCAGGCUCAAUCUCUUGAAAAAUGUAGAAUGAUUUAAAUGGCCUGCAUUCAUUUUAUCUUUUUUUUUUUUUUUUUUUAAACCUUUAGUGGUUAGCCAGGACCAGCACAAUCAUACUGGGCUUGGUAUAAAUCCGAAUGAAAAGAGCACAAAUAACAUUCAUUAGUUGCUCGGGGAUUUUUCCUGUGGUGCUAUUUAAAUUAUACAAAAAUUCUUAAGACUUUAGGCUACUCGACCAAGAAAACAGAACAAAACAAAGACCGUGUUUUCUCUAAUUCCCUUGUGGAAUGUAAGUGAAAUCAGAGUCCUAGGCUAGGAAGAAAUACAUAGGUAAUUUUUCUUGUGUUGGUUUUGGUUUCUGUCAUGUUGUUUAUGGGCUAUAGAUUCUGUCUUUUAUGUUAUCUGACUUUUUUAGAGCGAAUAAUUAGUUUCUGUCCACCUAGAUUUAAAUCCAUGACCACCUUCUUGCUCUACUCUGAAGAUAAUCAUUAAGAACCUUUCUUUCCCCAGUUCCAAAACGUUCUCAGUGUCUUUAAUGUGUGUUUAUUUUCUUCCCAAUUCUUUCAAAGAUUUAACUCCCAUGAUACUUCCUCCCCCUGCCCCAGGAAACAUCAGAAACAUGUAUAAUUAUAAUUCACCAGUUUAAUUAUGUGAGCAUGUUGAGUACUUACAUGCAGGUCCAUUAAGUUUUCACUAACAAAUAUUUUUUCAUGCAAAAGCAAUAAAUAACAUUGUGCUUCCAAAAUGUUCAGAAUACAUUUGGGUAGUAAUACUUUCCUAGACUUACAAUAAUGAAAGUAUUCUUACGACAUCUUAAAAUGGAUACACAGGUCAGUUACAACAUACAAAAUGUAAUGGUGGAAAUUUGUCAGUCUUGAAUUCAGGCAGAACAGGAUUCAGUGCAUGAUUUUAUGUGUUUUCAAAACUGUAUCUGUCACAUUGUGAUCCCCUGAUGGCCCCCCUCUCUGUUGCUGAUCCUCUUUGUUCUGUGCAGAAGCAAAUUCUCACCUGUGUAACGUCCUGAGGCACCUGGUAAAAUGUGAGGUGAAGAAAGGCCACUUCUCAAAUGCUGUGGACGGAGGGCUGCAUCUUUUAAAGGACAUCAAUAUGUCUUCCUGUUGCAAUUAUUUUGACUGUAAGCUCCCAGAGGGUGAAAAUCACCAACCCUGUGACAGUGGCCCUUAAUAAGUGUUCAUGAAUAAAUGAAUUGAACCUGUCAA